GCGUGCCGGUUUUGUUACCCCGGCUUGUUGUGUUUUUUAGGUUUACCACCAUAUAUGGCCUUGAGUUUACCUUACCUUACGGUAAUUCGGUUGUAGCAGGCCAAAGACAAGCAGAACAAGAAGAUAAACAGCACAGUAGCUAAAUAUGGCAGAUGGUGGAGCAGGAAACUGGUGUCUGAUUGAAAGUGACCCAGGGGUCUUCACUGAACUCAUCCGUGAAUUUGGCGUGAAAGGUGCACAGGUGGAGGAAGUAUGGAGCAUGGAUGAUGAAAUGUUCUCCAAGUUGAGGCCUGUGCACGGACUCGUCUUUCUCUUCAAGUGGGUGCCUGACUCGACUGUGGAAGGCACGCCGGUCCAGGACAGCAGGCUCGACAACAUCUUCUUCGCCAAACAGGUGAUCAACAACGCGUGCGCCACCCAGGCGAUUCUCAGCGUGCUGAUGAACACCAACCACCCGGACGUGGAGCUGAGCUCGACGCUAAUCGAGCUGCGCGACUUCACCGCCGGCUUCGACCCGGCCACGCGCGGCCUGGCGCUCAGCAACUCGGAUGUCAUCAGGACCGUGCACAACUCGUUCGCCAGACAGACGCUGUUCGAGCUGGAUAACCGGGCGGCCACCAAGGACGACGACGUCUACCACUUCGUCAGCUACAUCCCGCUGUCGGGACGGCUGUACGAGCUGGACGGGCUCAAGGAGGCGCCGCUCGACCACGGGCCCAUUCCGGAGGGCGCCGACUGGACGCAGGCCGCCCGGCCCAUCAUCGAGAAACGCAUGCAAAAGUACAGCGAGGGCGAGAUCCGGUUCAACCUGAUGGCCAUCAUCUCAGACCGGCGCGCCAUGUACCAGAAGCAGCUGGAGCAGCUGCAGACGAAGGCGCAGGAGGGUGGGAUGGAGACGGACUCGAUACAGUCGGAGAUGGCCCGUAAUGCUGCUCUGUCGUUACAGGAGGGUGGGAUGGAGACGGACUCGAUACAGUCGGAGAUGGCCCGAGUCCAGAUGCUGAUCUCAGACGAGGAGAAGAAGAUGGAGAGGUAUCGCACCGAGAACAUCCGCCGAAAACACAACUACAUACCGUUCAUCAUGGAGCUGCUAAAGAUCCUGGCCAAGGAGGGCAAGCUGGUGCAGCUGUACGAGCAGGCCAAGGAGCGGUCCGAAAAGCUGCACCAGGCACGGAAGAAGCAGAAGACCAAGUAGUGCCCCCUCUCCGGACGAGUGCAAUGACCGCCGAGCAGCUGCCUCAGUUCGCCACUGCCCCCGUGUGCCGCGUGCCGAGUGACGGACCAUACUCCGGAGUCCGGAGUGAACGACGCGGAACGAUUCGCCAGGCUGUUGAAAUCAAAUACACGUUACAUUGUGUUGAA